UAUACAAGUUGGAAGGUGCUGGGACUCCCGAGUUGUUCUUCGUCUUUUCAAGCUCCUUUUCAGUUUUGACCCAUUCCACCCUCAACAUGAGUGCUGAUUCCAACUCGGUUCGUAAUGAUCUCAUAAAACUGCUCCACAAGCAUGUUCCUGGAGCAGAUAUAAGUGGCAUAGAUGAGAUAGUGAUCAGCUACGUGACAGGUGUGCUGGAGGAAGUGGCAGCAGAUGCUGAAGAAGUUGACUCAGCAAGCAUGAAGGAUGUGAUCAGUGCAUACGUGCCGGCUUUUGAUGUCAUCUCGGAAGACAUUCUGACAGCCUGGGUACUGGACAUGGUGCAGGGGAUAAAUGAGGAAAAGGAAAAAGAUGAGAUAGUGAUCAGCUACGUGACAGGUGUGCUGGAGGAAGUGGCAGCAGAUGCCGAAGAAGUUGACUCAGCAAGCAUGAAGGAUGUGAUCAGUGCCUAUGUGCCGGCUUUUGAUGUCAUCUCGGAAGACAUUCUGACAGCUUGGGUACUGGACAUGGUGCAGGGGAUAAAUGAGGAAAAGGAAAAAGACACAAAUUUUGAAAAAUAUAAUGGUUCAAAAAAUCACUCUGGGUCUUUAUCUGACUCUGGGACCAGACUCCAGCAGCAAUGGGUUAACUUGGGGCAGACUAUCAGAGGAACUAGAGUCCUGUCCCUAAGGUCUCUUCAUGAUGAAUAUUCUGAAGGCCUGGCCACCUUGCUUGAGAUGUUCCCAGGAGCCUGCAAUCUCGAGGUCCAGCAUUGCUUGGCUAGCUGUGGAGGGGACCUGGAGCAAGCCACAACACUUAUUUUGCAACGGCAGGAGCAAGGAAUAAGUAUCAAGGCUACACCAGGCAGUAAGCUUGUUCCAGGGGCCAAAGGAAACAAAAAAAAGAUAGAUGACAAAGAAGUUCGAAUCUCCAUCAUCAAUCGUUAUGGCUUUGUCGAUCACGAUGACGAUACGCGUGAGCAUAGGCCUGUUGCACCUAAGUGGGAGGGGAAGAAGAUGGUGCGUUACCGUGACAACAAGGUUGUGAGCCUCAAGGGAGAGAGGUACACGGAGUUCAAGAAGGAUGAAACAGCUGAGAUGAAGAAGACAUAUGUGCACCUCAAACCGGGCAAGCAGUAUCGAUUCCACUGAUCCACAGGGUACAAACCUUACUACAUUGCCGCUGUCCAGUGUCACCAGGGCGAGGGGGCGAGGGAUGGUGUGGGCCAGGGCGGUAAGGUUUGUUUUUGUAAUCAACACCAGAGUUAUUUAUGUUACGCGAUAAGGCCACAGCUUGAGGGCGAGUGCAGACUUGCGAGAGCCUUGAGUGACGUGAUGCUGUUGGUGGGUUCAGUGGAACUUUUAGCAUAUAAUCUCAUGAGAAUUCUCAUCACUCUUCAUUGUUGUUCAUUAGUGUUAUUAUGUAGUUACUGCUUCAGUGUCAGUAAUUGUAUUUUAGUGUGUGAAUUGCUUAUUAGGUACCAAAGAAGACAUAGGUUAUUAAUUGAGGCACUUUACAGCCAGAAUAGGAAAGUGGUUAAAAAGAAAUACUCAGAAUUAUAUAGAAUAUCCUGCGAAAGAUUCUUGAAGCCAUACUCGAAUAGGGUGGAGCUUGCACUGCAGUGUGCAAUACUGUGCGAAAUAACAAGAUUUAACCAUGACACACUAGACUCUGUCAUUAGUCAUAAAGAUUUUAUUAUAUUAAAAUACUUAUGGUAUAUGAUUUUUACAAAUUGGAAAACCGGUAGGUUAUUUUCAUAUGUAGGCGAGCUUGUUCAUAACGACUCCAAUAAAACCAUAAUAUAUAGCGGAAGGAAUGAUCUGUGCAGUUUUUUAUAUCUUUAUUGUAGAGUAGCUUUAUUCUCUGAUGAAUUAACAAAGGUUGAUGAUUGUAAGUGGACAACAGUCAAUAGGUAUAUGUGCAGCUCCCUCAACACUGCACGGGUGGUAAGAAUACCUCAAACUAUUUAUAGUUUAUUAGGUGUAAAUGCAGAAUUCGCAGUUCCUGCAUUAAAGAGAUGAAUUCGCAUAAUCAGAAAAGCAAUAGCAAAGACCAAGCAAAUAUUUGUUUGUUUAUGAAUUAUGUAGUUACCAGUAAUUAUAGUUUGAAAAUAAUUAGUCAGGCAUUGUUUUUAUUACAAUGAAUUGGUUUGGGAUCAUGUUUUUUGGACCAUUUUAACGAAUUUUAUCCUUUUUUACCAGGUUACAAUUUCUCCACAUAUGCAAGUAUUUGUAUAUGUACUCUUCCAUAGCACAUGGAAGCAAUUAAUUUUCUUCUACCUAGUCUAUGUAUUUAGCUGUGGCAUAUCCUAUGAUUACAUUCUCUUUCUAUUAUUAUUAAAUCUAAUAGCAGCAUUACAGAUAUAUAGUAUUCUUUAGACAGCAGAAACAUUUCUCAAACUUUCUUGACCACAGCCCAUUUCUCUGGCAAUGGACUGAUAAUCACAUUAUCAUUCGAUAUUAACCCUUAAGGGCUGGCAACCUUGGUAGCCAGAAAUUGCUCAAACAAGCACAAAAUCAAGUGAUACUGAAAGGUAAUAAUAUUUACACUACUUCUUCUAGAAUUAUAAAAUGAGGGACUUGUUGCAUUCAUCAUAGAAUAGAGGGCCUUGAAAAGAAAAAAAUGCAAACUAGAAAGAAAUUGGAAGUGUGUGCUAGAAAAGGCAUCUAAAGAUUCGUUCUGCCUUUGUGCCAACUAGAGUUAUUAAUCCAAUCCAGGCCAUGAGGGUUAAAGUACAUUAGUUUUAUACAAGAAGUUUUAAUUUGUUACAGUAAAGUAAUAAGUCUCGGGGCAUUAGAUACAGAUUUAUGUUUGUUUCUUGAUAAUGCUGAUGAUGGUGAUGAUGAUUAUCAACUUCAUUGUUAAAAAAUCCUUAUAAAAGGUAUCCUCUAUUCACAGAGUCUAAUUGAAGUUGGUUGUUUCCUUUCCUGGUAGUAACUUUACUAUACUGCUGAAAGGGAGGGCUAAGAUAGAAUGGUGGUAGUUAGUUCUUAAAUGAUUACAGUGGUCAAGGUUUUUAAAAGACAGUCUUCCCAAAUUAAAAUAUCAUCAUGUAACAAUAGUUCUUUUUUCUUGCUUACUCGGCAAGGUAUCAAUGAAGUUAGGUUUUGGAGUGAGUUACAAAUUUCCUUCUUAAUUCUCUCUUCUGUCUCCUCUUCCUCUUUAUCCUCAUCCUGCUUUUAUUUAUAAUACACUAUGAUAGAGAGAUUCCUUUAUACCUUUAGUGGACAGCAGUUUUCAUUUUAGCUCAGCUGUAAUGGUAAUCUAGACCUUGAAAAUUACCUUGAGGAUAUUUGCUCUAAGUUACUGUUACCCUUAGUUUCUUUAACAAGUUUACGUAUACUUGUUUAGAUUUAGUACUAUUUGUGGACCUGGUCUGAAUCUCCAUAAGGGCAUUGCUUUUUAACAGGUUUUGUUUUUCUUCUUUAAAAGACCACAAAUGUGUAACAAAAAACAAAUAUUGGUCUUUCCAAAGAAAGCCAUGUAAAGGAGUAAGAUAUAGUCAUAUAAACCUGCAGGUUUGAUAAAACAGGUUUUAUUUUGUUACUGAAAUUUAGACAUUCCAGUUUCUUGUAUGUCUUUGGCAAUUGAUGUUAGAUUUUGUGUAGUGCAAUUAUUGUGAGGGACAAAUUAAGUGUCAUGAGAAGGAAAAUAUAAUCAGCAGCUAUUAUGGGAAUGAAGUGUCUUAAUUGAACUUCAAGCUUUGUACCUGUUUUGUCAUGUUGGAAUUCAGUAUUAUAGCUGUAUCACAGUGUAGGUGGUUUAGUUGAAGAUUACACAUGGUCAGGAUAUGUUUGCAAGAGGUGAAAAUCUAAUCCUCUUGCAGAUUAUGGCAUUAAGUGGCUUGUUGAUAAUUUACUAAAUAAUUGGUGAUUUAAAUUCCCUGUGUUGUUUGUGGUCUCGUGUAGAUGAUGAGACAAAGUAGAUUUUUUUUUCUUUUUAAUUCUUUUUUUUUUCAGUCUUUACUUUACUUCAUAUUAAUGCACAGUGACAGGAUAGUGAAUCUACUAAUACCACUUAUUAACUCUUUCCAAAAGAUAGCUGUCUUACUAGUAUAACCCUCUACUUAGAUCAGUGUUGUUUUAGUAAUAGGUAGCUUUCUCGCAGCUUCUUUAGUUAGUUAAGACUUUAUAGAACAUAUUUAUUUUUUAUAUUUUGCUGCUGUACAAAAUAUUAUGUUUGUAUGUUAAUCCUUGGAUUUUUAUUUUGCUUGUGUUAUAGCUAAGAGAAUGUGCAAAUGUUGACCAGAAAAGUAAGCUUACAUACGGGAAAGGGAUAACUUGAGAAUAAGUGCACAUGUACCAUUUCUAGGGGAAUAAGGGUUUUGGCUUUUCUGUGUCUCUUUACUAUAUAGCUGGCACUGGCUUUACCUAAUAUGCUUACUUUAACAUAACUGAAAUUGUAAAUUGCUUUUUUAUAUAUUUCUUUCACCUUAGGCUUUAAAGAAUUUUUGAGAUCUUUCAUGUUUAUGACUAAGUGAGUUUUAUGGUUGUUGAAGUGACUUCCUGAUUCAGUAAACAGGUUUUUCAAAGCAUUCCUGCUGUAUAAUAGACCAGCUAACUUUACAAAUGAAUUACAGAACAUGUUCAGUCUGUUCAUGUGUCAAAUCAAAGCUCUGGCCAUAUUCCCCCUUUUUAUCGCAGCAUUUCUCGUGAACAAUUACAGACAUGGCUGGUAUAACAUGCAUUGUGCUUUGAAUGUCUUGUAAGGACUUUUGAUGUGAUUAGGUUUUCAUUUUUGUCUAGUUUGUUUUUAUAUGAACCCUUGUAUGUUGGUGUGAGUUUUCAUAAAGGAAUAUAUAUAUAUAUAUUUUUACACUUUUGAAGUUUUUCAGGAUAAGGACUUUCAUCACAGAAAAGUUUUUUUCCUUCUUUUUUUUUUAAGUCUGUUGAUUACAGUACUCACAGUUGUCCUUUUUGAAACAGUACACAGUAAUUUAUAAUAAUCCAGUUUCUGAGACGAUUGUCCAUGCAAUAAUAUGAUAGGAAUUUAUCAGUGCUUUUAACUUUAUAAUGAUCAGUUACUUCAGAGUGAUAAUGAGCACAACAGGAAAUGGAAUGGUUGUACUUAUCUCUUUUUUCCCCCCAAGAAGUAUGUACUGGUUGCAGUGAUUUUCCCAUUUUCUUUACUUUCACGAACUCAUAGGAGAGAAAUUUAUUGUUUUAGAGUUUUUUUUUUUCCCAGUUUGAAAAGACACAAGUACAUAUUACUUAAGGUUUCAUUUGUGUGUUUUUUUUUUGUUUUUUUUUAUGGAUCUGAUGAAAUAAAAGUGUAUGUAAGGUAGAUGUUCAGGUUUCUACUUUUGUCUCUUCCUUAUAGAAAUUUCAUUGUAAAUCUUUAUGUGAUCUGUAAAUCGUCUUUGCUUAUUACGUGUGGCUAAUAAAUGAGAAAAGAUA